CCCAGUUAGACCCAGAUUUAGUCGGAGUUGGAUUUUACUGGAUCUCAAGCAUUAAUACGAACCGACUCAGAUUCAGUUUGGUUCGGUCUGUACUUUCCGGUUCAGAUUCUAGUCUUGUAUAAUUUGACUGUUGAAGUAGUCUUCUCUCUCUCUACUGGCGCACACACACACACAGUUACACACCAUUGUUGACUGUUGAAUUUUUCGGGUUAUUUUGUACAAUCAAAAACAGUUGAACUCUCAGAUGUCUGGAGUUGCAAAUUGUUCAUAUAUGUAGAUUGGGGCAUCAGGAUCCAGCGGCGUUACUGGAGCUCUGAACGUUUUUGAUUAUGCAUUACAACUGUUCGGUGAAAUGCCUCAACGAGAUUUGUGAUAGCCUCCAGUGUUCAACAAAGCUGUUCCGAUGAAUCCCGUGAAAUUUUAGUCUGAAGUCAGUCAAUCAAAGCAUUCAGACUUGUCAAAAUUUCUCAUUUUUUAGAAAGUGGUGCAUACUGGGUAGGUGCCAAUCUUUCACUGGUUCUUAGCCCAAUGAGCUAAUAAGGACAUGAACAUGACUAUGUUUGCGUAUUUGAAUGGGUAUAAAGUUGGACUUUUUUGUUGAAAUUACGUAACCAUUUGACAAAUUAGUAAUGUAGAAUUUUGGAACAUAAAGUGCGGUUGAUUUGAGUCAUCAUUGUUUAUAGUUGCGGUUGAUUUGAGUCAUCAUUGAUAAUAGUUUCCACAAGUCCCUGAGUUUUUUUCUAUUUUUUGUUUCUUGACUUUCUUGCUCUUGUUGUAUGUUUGCUUCUUAAUCUAAUUUGAAGAAGAUAAGUUAUUGGAUAGAAACAAAUACAUGGGGAAGAAGAGGAUCUUGUUCUUUGCUUAUUCGCUCUUAUUUGCUAUCUUUGUAAGUUUUAGCUUUGCAGAGAUAACGGAAGAGAGUCCUUUGUCAAUAGGAAAAACUCUUAGCUCCUCUAAUGGUGUUUAUGAAUUGGCGUUCUUGAGUUUUAAUAACUCCCUAAACCAGUAUGUUGGAAUCUGGUUCAAGGGUAUCAUUCCUCAGGUGGUUGUGUGGGUGGCAAAUAGAGAGAAGCCUGUUACAGACCCCACUGCAAAUCUCGGUAUCAGCAGCAACGGAACUCUUCUGUUAUCUAAUGGAAAACAUGGUGUUGUGUGGUGGUCUACCGGAGAUAUUUUUGCAUCCAAAGGGUCUCGUGCAGAGCUUACAGACAGUGGGAAUUUUGUUUUCACAGAUAAAGUUUCGGGAAAUACUAUAUGGCAAAGCUUUGAGCAUCUUGGUAAUACUCUGCUCCCUACGUCGACUAUGAUGUAUAAUCUCGUCACUGGUGAGAAACGAGGGUUGAUUUCUUGGAAAAGUUCCACUGAUCCAUCGCCUAGUGACUUUUUGGUUAAAAUUACACCGCAAGUGCCAUCACAGGGGUUUGUUAUGAGAGGCUCUGCACCUUAUUAUAGAACCGGUCCAUGGGCUAAAACAAGGUUCACCGGGUUACCGCAAAUGGAUGAUUCAUACACAAGUCCAUUCAGCAUACACCAGGAUGUAAAUGGGUCAGGGUACUUUUUAUAUUUUGAUAGAUACUACAAACUUUCACGUAUACUGUUAACAUCAGAGGGAUCAAUGAAGGUGUUAAGGCAUAAUGGAAUGGACUGGGAAUCAAGUUACGAGGGUCCAGUUAAUUCUUGUGAUAUUUACGGUGCGUGUGGACCUUUUGGGUUAUGUGUUACAUCAGUACCUCCAAAGUGUAAAUGCUUCAAAGGUUUCGUUCCUAAAUCCAUUGAGGAGUGGAAAAGAGGAAACUGGACUGGUGGUUGUGUGAGGCGUACUGAACUAUACUGUCAUGCAAACUCUACUGGCAAAGAUGCCAACAUCUUCCAUACUGUUCCCAACGUAAAGCCUCCAGACUUUUACGAGUAUGCAAAUUCUGUGGAUGCUGAAGAAUGUUACCAAAACUGCCUUCACAAUUGUUCUUGUGUGGCCUUCGCGAACAUUCCGGGAAUAGGGUGCUUAAUGUGGAGCAAGGACCUAAUGGACACAGUGCAAUUUUCUGCAGGAGGAGAAGUUCUUUCCGUUCGUCUUGCACAUUCUGAGCUAGAUGUAAAUAACGACAAGAAGUCCAUUGUUGCUAUUACAGUGAGCCUUACCCUUUUUUUGAUCUUGGGCGUUGCUGCAUUUGGUAUAUGGAGAUUCAGAGCAGCUCAUAUAUCAAAGGAUGCAUGGAGAAAUGAUCUGAAAACACAAGACGUCCCAGGUUUAGAAUUUUUUGAGAUGAAUACCAUACAAACUGCUACAGAUAGUUUCAGUCUAUCAAACAAACUUGGAUAUGGUGGAUUUGGUUCCGUUUACAAGGGAAAACUGCAAGAUGGAAGAGAAAUUGCGGUAAAACGCCUUUCUAGCAGCUCUGAGCAAGGUAAACAGGAGUUCAUGAAUGAAAUAGUACUGAUAUCAAAACUUCAACACAGAAACUUAGUCCAGGUUUUGGGAUGCUGCGUCGAAGGAAAAGAGAAGCUAUUGAUUUAUGAGUAUAUGAAAAACAAAAGCCUAGAUACUUUUGUCUUUGAUUCAAGAAAAAGGCUCGAGAUAGAUUGGCCAAAGAGAUUUGAGAUCAUUCAAGGUAUUGCACGUGGACUUCUCUAUCUCCACCGUGACUCACGCCUCAGAGUUAUUCACCGAGACCUGAAGGUCAGCAACAUUCUUCUGGACGAGAAAAUGAACCCGAAGAUAUCAGAUUUUGGAUUGGCUCGGAUGUUUCAGGGAACCCAAUAUCAGGACAAAACUCGCAGGGUUGUCGGAACUCUAGGAUAUAUGGCUCCUGAGUAUGCAUGGACUGGAGUAUUCUCUGAGAAAUCAGACAUCUACAGCUUCGGAGUUCUACUGUUAGAAAUCAUCAGCGGAGAGAAGAUCUCAAGGUUCGGCUUUGGCGAGGAAGGAAAAGCACUUCUUGCAUAUGUAUGGGAAUCUUGGUGUGAAACCCGUGGAGUUAAUCUUUUGGACCAAGCUCUUGCUGAUUCUUGUCACCCCUCUGAAGUUGGAAGGUGUGUCCAGAUUGGUUUGCUUUGUGUUCAACACAAACCUGCAGACAGACCAAACACACUUGAGUUGCUGUCUAUGCUCACCACAACAUCAGAUCUUCCUCUACCUAAACAACCCACAUUUGCAGUGCACACUAGAGAUGACGAAUCACCGUCUAAUGAUUCGAUGAUCACUGUCAAUGAGGUGACAGAGUCUGUGAUCCAAGGACGUUGAGCAACAAUAUGUGAUGGAAACUGUAGAAUUGUGAUUAAUUUACUAAUCUUGUUGAUAAUUUCAACUUACAUUAUUUUUCUUAUAUUAUUUCAUUAUGUAAAAAGAGAAAAUUACAUCCAUAAUUAUAUAUAGAUUAUAUGCAAAAAAACAAUUUCAAAGAGUUGGUAAUUUCCUAACCGAACUCAGUAGUGAGGUUUGUCUUCAGAUGACUACGAACGCACUAUACGUGUUUGAUGAAAGGCUUGAACGAAAUACAAAAAUUUCAAAAGCUGGCCACAAGGAGUUGUGGCUGAUGCGUAAACCCGUGGCAGUGUUUAAGUUUCAGUUAAAGCUUUUAAAGUCGGCAUUUUGACGGCGGUUUUUAAAAAGUUGCUUAUAACCCAGAUGGAGACUUCAGAAACGGUAGCGAACCUUUGAGUGGUGUACGUUCUUGGAAUGUUCCGGUUACGCGCUCUAAGUGUUUGAUGAAAUGCCCCAACAAAAUACAAAUUUUUUAAAGGUGGCCUCUAGGACUAGGAGUUGGUGUUAUAGUAAAAACCCGUACAUUGUUUAAGAUAUAAAGACAACAAGUCCUUUGUCAAUAGGACAAACUCUGAGCUCUCCCGAUGGAGUUUAUGAGUUAGGCUUCUUCAGUCCUAAUAA